AUGUCGGCCGACGAUAUACUAGUGUCGGGAAUGAGCGGUCGGUUCCCCCUCUCGGCCAACACCGACGAGUUCGCGAAGAAUCUGUUCGAUGGCAUCGAUAUGGUUACCGACGACGACAGUCGAUGGCUAAUGGGUUUAUACGAUAUAUCGAACCGAAUGGGAAAGAUUGAUGACUACAAACAUUUUGAUUCGUCAUUCUUCGGGCUCAUGGAGCAGAUGGUGGAUGAGAUCGACCCCCAGUCCCGCAUGCUUUUGGAGGUAUCCUAUGAGGCCAUGUUGGACGCCGGUUUGAAUCCACAAACAUUACGUGGCAGUAGGACAGGGGUGUACGUGGGUGUGUCCCAGUACGCCAUGACCGAUGGCUACCCGGAGGACGUUCAGCCGGACUCCCGGGAGAACCUGAAGACUGUUAUGUUGCAGAACCUCUCAAACAUGAAGACCUUCUACGCCAGCCGUAUAUCCUUUGCCAACGACUUCAAGGGGCCGUCGAUGAUAGUGGACACCGCCUGCUCGGCCAGUCUCAGCGCUAUGUGUCUGGCCUAUAACGACCUCAAACUCGGUUAUACUGAUUCGGCCAUAGUGUGCGGCACUCAUAUGUUGUUCGAGCCGUUUAUAAGCCAAUACCAACAGGAGUUGUCUGUGUGUUCACCCCGGGGUGUGUCGGCCGUCUUGGACCAGAAGGCCGACGGCUUCGUGAAAGGGGAGGCCGUGUGCUGUCUAUUCCUACAGCGACGCCGAGAUGCGCGCCGUAACUACGCUCACGUACGCAGCGCUCGUAUGAAUGUGGACGGACACAAAAAGAUGGGCAUGUUUUUCCCGUCUAGUGAGGCACACGAACAGCUCAUGAUGAUGUCGUACGAGGAUGCUAAAAUUGAUCCACGUGACAUGACCUAUUUUGAAUGUCACGCCACCGGGACCAAGGCCGGAGAUCCGCAAGAAAUCAAAGCCAUUUACAACGCUUAUUGUAAGUCUACGGGACGUACGGAUCCAUUGCCUAUAGGGGUGCUGAAGAGCAAUAUGGGUCACGCGGAGGCCGGUUCAGGGGUCGCGUCGGUCAUCAAGAUAUUGAUAUCUUAUGAAAACGAAUGCAUUCCUCCGAACAUUAACCUCAACACUAUUAAGGAUGAAAUCGCUCAGUAUUUCCCACCAUUGCUGGCAAUUCAAGAGAAAUACCCGUAUCAGCCAGGGGUUAACAACUUUGGUAUCGGCGGUUCAAACGCUCACGUAUUGCUUGAACCGAAUUAUAAGUUGGGAACCGAUGAUGGCUUAAGUAUAGCGCAAACUAUACCCAGAAUUGUCAACAUUUGCGGCCGAACUCAGCAAUCAGUUAAACAUAUCAUGGAUUUCAUUGAAAACAAUACCACGAAAAUCACAAAUGAUUUUUUGGCACUUUUGUCAGAUACUAUGAAAUCCAUUCCUGCAGUAAAUUCAUCGGGGAUGCCUAAUAGAGGAUCGAUUAUAAUAAAGAAAAUGAAUGAAGAAAACAAUGAAAUAAAAUACGAAUACAAGAAACAGAUGGGAGUUUUGAAAGGCAAGGGUUUGAGACCCCUUUGGCUACUGUUCCCCGGGUUGGGCGGACAAUGGCCUGCAAUGUUGACAAUUCUGGGUAUAGUUUGCGCUAUACUUAAGCCAUCAUCGGUUCCCAACUUAUAA